ACUGUGACAAGUUAUUCAGCUACCAGUCUGACGUGAGGGAGGGCGAGUUCCAGUCCCCCGGCUUUCCCAGCCACUACCCCAACGGGGUCAGCUGCAAAUACAAGUUCAUAGGUCGGGCCAACCAGCGCGUGAAAAUACAGUUUACACAGUUCAAUGUCCAUGGGCGGCCUCCAGGAUGUGAGCACGACUUCGUUAACAUCUACUCCCAACUGAAACACGAGACUGAAGAUCUUCUGGAGGCUGUGAUGACGGGGCCUUUCUGUGGCGAGUCCAAGGAGGAUCUGCCCAAGAUGGUCGUGUCCACCUACAAUUUUCUGGUCAUCUGGUUCUAUUCCAACCACGAGAAGAGUAGUGGCGGCUUCCACGGCACUUGGGAGUUUAUAGACGCAGUGACUUCUCUUUCAGUGCACUAUGAUAUGGGCACUAUGGCGCCGAACACUUGUGGUUACACCAUCCGCAGUGAUCAUAAGGACCACGGAUUCAUUAUGUCUCCCACGUACCCAGGUAUCUACUCGGACAACCUCUAUUGUUACUACAAGCUCCAUGGCAGGCCAGGCCAAAGGAUUAAGCUGGUCUUUGAGGAUUUUUCCCUUUUUUAUGGCGGUGAAUACUGCCCGUUUGAUUUUUUACGAAUAUAUGACGGUUUUACCAAAAACAAGCCGGUGAUUGGCACUUUCUGCGGCAGUUUUAACCAAACAACUGUGAUCUUUUCUACCGGGGAGGCGCUUUGGCUCGACUUUGUAACAGGAGAGGGCCGACUCAUUUUUGCAGCGUCCAAUGGAGCAAGCGCCGAUUACAAGUUUGCACGGAGGGGAUUUAAUAUAUCAUAUACCUUUAGUGACCAGUUUGUGAAAUUAGAAUGCGAUCAGAGAAUCCUCAGUGGCAAAGAAAGCAACGGCACCUUCGUCUCCCCUGGCUACCCGGCCAACUUCAAGCAGGGCAUCGUCUGUAGGUAUUAUAUGGACGGGCUGAUGGAUGAGCAGAACCUGGAGAAGGUCAAAGUCAGUUUCUUUGACUUCAACAUCCCUGGCAACAUGCCAUACUGUCUGCUCGGGUACGUGGGAGAGAACGAGGAUGGACGUCUCAGUGACGGCUCGGUGAAAAACAAAUACUGUGGCAGCAACGACCCACCUCCCAUCACCAGCGUGGGUCCCCGGAUGGUGAUCACCCUUAACACAACAGGAGCUGUCCAGGGUGGCAAGUUUGUUGCCAGAUAUACUUUUAUCACAGACUACGAUGUACCAGGCGAGCAGCCAGAAGAAGGCAAGUGCCGGUUCCUAUACAACAACGUGAAGACCACACAGGGCACCACCAACUCGCCCCGACACCCGAACGCCUACCCCUCCAACCUGGACUGCGAGUAUGUCUUCCGUCCGCUCAUUGACCACCUCAUCAGCAUUAGCUUCAGCAGCUUCACUCUGUCGGACUCCCCCAGCCAACUAUGUGACACGGGAGAUUACCUGGCGAUCUACGAAGAUGUCGGCACAUUCAUUAAAGAGAACUUCACCCUGACUGAAAAGUACUGCGGCACAACCAUCCCAGGUCCGUACAUGACCUCCCGCCUCCUCAAACUGGUCUUCCACUCCGACGAUCGCUUAUCCUACAUAGGGUUCAAGGCAACUUACAGAUUCAUUAAGAAACAGGAUAUAGAUAACACCUGUUCUACAUACGUCAUCAAUGCCAGGGGGUCAGGGGGUAUCAUCAUGAGCCCCAACUACCCCAACAAGUACCCGCCGCUGACCAGAUGUGAGUGGAUCAUCCACGCCAGCAACAGAGAUCAUCGCAUCCUCGUAGAAGUGUCUGACCUCAACCUGGAGGGCGAUUGCUCUGAAGUGGCCGUCCGGUUGUUUGACGACAGCGCCUCCAUCAGACCGAUGGAAGUUCUCUGUGGCAAGAAGAAAGACGACCAGGUCACAGACUCCUACCUCUCUCUAGCUGAUAAUUUUAGAAUUUUAUUUUUAUCAUCACCAUCAUCUCUCGGUGCUAACGGUUUUAAAUUAUCGUGGACAGAAGUGUACCAAGGGCCAGCCCCAAGCGUGGAGUGUUCCGGGUUCCGCUGUGUAGUCAACAAAUACUGCAUCUCUUCAACACUCAAGUGCAAUAAUGAGCCCAACUGUGGCAAGGGAGAUGAUUCUGACGAGACUGCUGAAUGUUCUAGAACUUCUGGUAUCCAGAUCCUCCAUAUUGCAAUAGGCACUUCCAUCUCAUCGUUCUUCUGCAUCAUCUUGCUCAUCUGUGGAUUUUACCAUCGGCGGAAGUUCCGGUCAGAUCGCGCCCCAGCAGACCACGAUCACGUGGAAGUGCGGUACGUGUCAGCUCCCACCGGAUGCAACACCACCGACCGUCUCCUUAUGGAAGACAGACAUGAAUUAAAUAAUGACCAUCAUAAAACUACAACACACACGAGUCCAAGAUGUCAGAAAGU